AUGCCGCGCGCGACGCUGCUCGCAGGCUCUGCGCCGGUGCUGCUGCGGACGUUUCCCGCGGCGACGGUGCGGCCGGGCGCCGCGUGGAGCGCUGCCUGCGAGGCGGCGGGCUCGCCGCGGCCGCAGAUCGCGUGGUCGCUGGACGGCGCGCCGCUGCCGGCGCGGCUGCGCGCGCAGCUGGUGGAGACGGCGGGCGCGGCGGGGGCCGGCUCGCUGCUGUCCGAGGUGCGCGCGGCGCGCGUCGGCCCCGAGGACGCGGGCGUCUUCCGCUGCCGCGCCACCAACGCGGCCGGCGCCGUCGCGCACGAGGCGGCGCUGCGCCUGCUCGGCCCGCCGCACGUCAAGCCGAUGCAGGACCGGCGCGUGCCCGCCGGCCGCGACGCGCUCUUCACCUGCCGCGUCGCCGGCUUCCCCAUCAGCCACAUCCAGUGGCACCGCAACGGUAAAUACUUACCACAGAACCAUAGGCAAUUGGUCUUUCCAAAUGGCACUCUCAUAAUUCGAGAUACAAGGAAGGAAGACGAUGGUGGAUACUUAUGUGUUGCUAGCAACCCUGAUGGUCUUACUUCUCGAAGUAAAUUGAUUGUGCAAGUUAUGGAGCCACCUUCCAUUGAUCCUUUCUCCACAAAAAAAGAUGCUCAGAAAGGCACGAGGGUACAUCUACAUUGUGUUGUAAUCAAAGGUGAUCCUCCUAUAGUGUUUCGAUGGCUGAAGGAUGGUGAAGGCAUCCCACAUGGUUUAUCUGUUAUUGAAAGAACAAUAGAUGAGUAUUCAAGUACUCUGACAUUCAAUAGGGUUAUGGAAGACCACACAGGAAAUUACACAUGUGUUGCUGAAAAUGCUGUAGCCAAUACAAGCCAUACAACUCAACUUACAGUUAAAGUUCCUCCAUCCUGGUUACAUGAACCAGCAGAUGUUAGUGUUCUGAUGGGAGACUCCGUAAUUGUACCCUGUGAUGCUGAUGGUUCACCAAAACCCACAAUACUGUGGAAAAGAGAGUCAGACAGGCCACAAUCAUUAUACCAAGAUGACACCUUCCAAACAAAUAAUUUCAAAGUGCUUCAUAAUGGUAGCCUCUGGAUUCAAAAUGCUCUUCCAGAGGACAGGGGUUAUUACACAUGUGAGGCAAGAAAUGAAAUUGGAAUGGCACUGAACAAAGUUAUUUACAUAACAGUACAUGUACCUGCAAGAUUUUCCUCUUCUCUCCAGAAUGUGACAGCAAUCAAAGGUGGUACAGCAGCAAUAGACUGUGUCGCAAGAGGUGACAAACCAAUCUCAAUAAAAUGGUUUCAUAGUGGCACCCCUUUUGAAACUCAUCUUCAGCCAAGAGCUGAAAUAAGUGAAGAAAGUUUAGAAUUUGGUAGUCACUCAAGAAUAACACUGAAGAAUGUUCUUCGGAGUGAUACCUCAGCAUUCACAUGUUUUGCAAAAAACCAGUAUGGCAGUGAUGAGUCAGAUAUCUGGGUUAUAGUUCAGGAAGUUCCUGAAGCACCAGCAAAUGUUCACGUGCAAAACUACACAAGCAGAGCCGUGAACCUGACAUGGGAACAACCAUAUGAUGGAAAUAGCCCAAUCACUGUUUACACAGUCCAGUACAAGAAAAAACUAGUGGCGUGGGAGGAGAAAGUUUCUCAGAUAACUGUUCCUGGAGAUCAGUUAUUUGCUACCAUUAGUGGACUGCAGCCAGCUAGCAGCUAUCAUUUUAGAAUUGUGGCAAGAAAUGCUCUUGGGCCCUCAAACACUAGUAAUGAUAUUAUGGUAACUACAGCUGAAGAAGCUCCUGAAGGACCACCACAAGACAUCAGUGUCAGAGCUUUUGACUCAGAGAGCUUGUCUGUAAGCUGGAAGGAACCUAUUCAUGAACUUCAGCAUGGAGAAAUAAUUGGAUAUUAUAUUGGUUACCGAAUGAGUAACUCUACUGAGCCAUUCCAGUAUAAAACAUAUGAAGUGAUACCAGAUGCUGAAAUGAAAAUAAUCAUCUCAGGCCUCCACAAGUUUACCCAAUAUGCAAUAUUUACUCAAGCAUAUAACAGUGCUGGCGCAGGACCACAGAGUGCAGAGAUAUUAGUCUUCACAGACGAAGAUGUUCCAGACUCACCUCCAAGAGAUGUUCAUUGCACCAGUGUAUCUUCACAAAGUAUCCUCUUGACCUGGCUGGAAAUUGCUGUUAAUAAUGUCAAUGGUGUCCUGCUGGGGUACAAGGUCACAUACAGGACAGUUUCUGAAUGGGAUGAGGCUUCAUCUCAGUCUGAAUCUUCCACUGAAGAAUGCAAAAUGGAGUUAGUUGGGCUUCAAAAAUAUUGUAACUAUAGCAUGGAAGUGAGAGCUUACACCAGAGUGGGGGAUGGUGUUUCAAGCAGACCUGUCUUCUGUAGAACACAGGAGGAUGUCCCUGAUAAGCCUGAAGAUAUUAAAGCACUGGCUGCUAAUGCAAAAACAUUGCUGAUUUCUUGGAAAAAGCCAAAAUCUCCAAAUGGAAUAAUAAAAAGAUACAAUUUGUACAUGAGGUCCCUGGAUGGUGCACAUCUGUUGAAAGAAGAAUAUGAAAUACCUCCAAGCCAGACACACUACUUUGUGUCACAUCUUGUUCCACAUCAUCGAUAUGAAUUCUGGGUGACUGCAGCCACAAUGGUUGGGGAGAGCCAACCCAGUCUGCAUGUGAUACAGGCACCAUCAGAGCAAGUGCCAGCAAAGAUUGCCUCAUUUGGUGAUCAUGUGGAUGAGUACUCGACUUGA